AUGGCAAACGCGGCAUCAGGAAUGGCUGUGCAUGAUGACUGCAAGCUAAGGUUUCUGGAACUGAAGGCGAAGAGGACUCACCGUUUCAUCGUUUACAAGAUCGAGGAGAAGCAAAAGCAAGUGGUCGUAGAGAAAGUCGGCGAGCCUGUCCAGACCUAUGAGGAGUUUGCAGCGAGCCUUCCAGCUGAUGAGUGCCGUUACGCCAUUUACGAUUUCGACUUCGUCACUGCUGAGAACUGCCAGAAGAGCAAGAUCUUUUUCAUCGCCUGGUGCCCUGACAUAGCUAAGGUGAGAAGCAAGAUAAUCUACGCGAGCUCCAAGGACAGGUUCAAGAGGGAGCUAGACGGGAUUCAAGUAGAGCUUCAAGCAACCGAUCCAACGGAGAUGGAUCUCGAUGUUUUCAGAAGCCGAACCAACUGA